AAGAAUUAAGUUUAGUGGUUGCAUCCUUCUCAUCUAACAAUUGGAUGCAUAACGGUUUAAAAUAAACAUUAUCCAUUAGUGUUUUUUAAAUAUUUAACUACAUUAUGGAAAUCAACUUUAUCAAACAUGUUAAAAUUAAUGCAUUACUGUGCUUAGUUUAAAAUAAACUUUCUCCUUAUUACCUUAUACCUAUAUAAAAUAUUUGUUUAAUAAUUGUACCAUUUUGCAUAUUACAUUCUACAUGCUUGUGUGUUAAUCUGUUUCAAAAUUUCAUUCAUAUUUAGCUCUCAAAAAUCCUUGUAACAUUCUUUUCACAAUAAAAUAAUUAUUUUGACUUGGAAAAAUGACUGGUUUUAGUUUUAAAAAAAUUAGUGUAUUUAUAGACAACUUUGGUCCUUGCUACAAAGCAUUUAUACAAUACCUUAAUGCAUCAUAAUUACAAUAUGUAUAUAUUUGGUGAGAGAGAUAAUUUUUUUAACAGAUAAUUCUCUUAAAAGAUCUAUCAAAUAUAUCACAAAACUUCAGCAAAAAUAGUAAAUCAAAUGUACAGAAACUAAUUAAAAAAUUAAGCGAAUACAGAUGCCAAAUAAAAGUAUUAGUGGAGAAUGAUGAACUACAGGUAUACUUCCUUUCCUGUUUUUCAAUUUUUAAUUUUGCUUUAGACUUUGUUUUAGUUAAUUUCACAUUUUAUUUCAAGGGCUUGUAUUUUCAAGAUAAUGAAAGGCCAAAGUGUUUCAUGCUUAUCCAGAAAUUAUAUUUCUGGAUGCCAUCUAUAAGCUGAACAAUAUAAGAUUCAGUUGCUUUAUCUUCCUCGUUGAAGAUGGCAAUGGGCAAAAUGAAAUUGCUGGAGCAUGUAUUUUAAAUCAAGAAGAUGAAAGUUCGGUGAAAUGGAUAAUGGACUUUUAAAUGCCGGAAUGAAACAUGGAUGUCGGUAAAGGCAAUAAUGAUGGAUAAAGAUGCAGUAGAAUGAAAAGUUCUUAGACAAGAAUUCCCAGAGGCAAAAAUAUUUAUUUGUCUCUUUCAUUCCAUCCAUGCUUUCAAGAGAGAGAUGGCUCAUGAUCAGAUGCAAUUAUCAUCAGAGGAAAAAAGCGUCGCUAUACAUCAUUUCGUAAAAUUAUGUUACGCUUACACAGAAAAGCAAUAUCAUACAAGCUAUAUGGAUUUUGAUCCUCAUCAUCAGCAAAAGUAGUUGAUCACUACAAUAGAAACUGGCACCCAAUUCGUAAGGUAUGUGUUAAAUCCUUCACUGAUAAUCCAGCAGAAGCCAGGUAUCGAGAUCUAUUACAAGUGUACUCCUUUGGGUUUGUACAAAAGCAAAUGAAACUGGCAGAGAAUAUUCAAGGAGGAACCAAUACAUAUAUUACCACUUCAAUGAAUUGUAAUUGUACAUUUUAUAAUUCAAUGAAGUUAUCUUGUAAACAUAUUUUUGCAUUAAGGACUUUAGAAAAUUUAGAUCUCUUCCACGAAGACCUCUGUGAUAAAAGGUGAUAUUUUCCACUUAUUCUUACACAAUACACUUGAUGCGAUAUAGUUUCCAUGAGGUAUGAUGGAUUCUCUGCCAGUUUGGAUGCUGAAAAUGCAGGCCACAUACAAAGUGAAGAAAGAAAUGAAAAUUUUCAGCAUUUUUGAUGGGGAUACGGCUUCCAUGAGGUAUGAUGGAUUCUCUGCCAGUUCGGUUGUUGAAAAUGCGGACUUCAUCUCCAGUAAUGAAAGGCAUGAAAAUAUUGAGUAUAGUGAUACCAGUGAAAAUUUGAUACAAGAAUUAUCUAGCUGUAGUUCUGUACAAAUGCCAAAACCUUUGAAAGGAAGAGGCCGGACAAAAGGUUUUGAUGCAACGAUAAUGACAUCUCGGAAGAUAAAAAGAAAAGACAAAAAUUCAGUAUUUAUGCUCUCAAGCAAAAACAAAAAAAAUAUGCUUUCUUGGUUUGUUAGCCAAGAAUGCAUAAAAAGAGUCAUUCAUCAUUCUGAACUCGUUAAAGUAGAGGAUAUUUAUACAGAUCACAGCAAAAUACCAGAUAUUGCAAUUGAAUGCCAAGAUCAAUACAAGCAUAUAAGAUCUAGUGUAUACCAGACAUAUUAUGCAAUAAACUAAGAUUACGUUAAAAAAGGUAAACAUGUUAUCUAAUAAUAUGGAGACAUCCCUGUGUAAGGGCAUGGAUGUGGGCUCUUGGCAAACAAUGUUAAAAAAAGUGCACCAUGGUACUUACUCCAUUUGGGUGGUGUGGAAAUAGUACCAAAAUUUUCAUUAUACAUUACAAAUGAAAAUACAGAUCUUUUACCGAAAACAUGGAAUUCAAAGGAAAUUAAUACAGUUUUAAAGCGUAAACAUUUGUGUUAUUCAAAGCUCUGUUUAAUAUAUAUAUUGAUAGAGAAUAAGACAAAAGUCAAGUUUCAUGCUUAAAGUGCGUGAUAACAACCCUGAACUUGACUGGUUACAAUCUUGCAUAUUGAUUUUUUCCUCUUUGUUGUAGAUACAGCAUAUUUUGGCUUCUCUAGAUUCCAGGUUAACAAAUUCCUAUAAUAUUCACAACAGGAGCAGCUAUACAUGUAUCAACUGCAGAAGAUUUUAAUAAAGAAAUGCAGAUCAAUCUACUUAAUUGACUGUAAGACAAUUAGUUUCUCAUUCUGGGCUGGAUUAAGACUUACAGAGGCCCUAAGCACUUAAUUUUGGUGCCUGCAUGUAAUACGUUUACAGUAUAACAUGUUAACAAUGAACUGGAGCAGUGAAUUUCAGGUACAAAUUUUGCUCUUCAUAGGUGCAGAGUUUAAAUUCUCCUAAAGCCUGGCUGCACUGUUUUUCAACUUUUGAGAUUAAUUGUAAUUUUAGCAGGAAUGCACUGGGAGCCCUAAAUACGAGGCCUUCAGCACUUCUUUAGCGUCAUUAAACCACAAUUUCAGUACAAAAUUCUUUUGCUUUUGAAAAUGUUACUUGAAUAAUAAGUAAAAUUUAAUUGAAAGUUUUGGAUUUAUGCCUGUCUUUUCUUGGGAAACAAAUCCUUUAACAGAAGUUGAGGCUUUUGAGGAAUAAAAAGGUCCCAGCCCUCAUGUUAAAAGUUGACUUUAAAAAAAUUCCUGGAAGCUUUCAUAAAGUGCAAUGAAUUUAAGAGAUUGUACAUUUCCCCCUCCUCUAACGCACUAGAAAGGAUCCACCUGGUCAUUCCUGUCCAACGCUAGUGAUUUCCCAUGGGAAAGAGUUCAAGGAGAAAUUUUUUAAAUGAUGUAAAAAAUAUGUGGCAAGAAAAUCACCAUAUCAUCUUUAGCUUUAAAUCAUCAAAUUUAGCAUCACAUCGUCUUUAGCUUAUGCUUUAGCAAGGAGCUUUAAAUUCAUUCUCAGCUUACAGAUAAAAUCCCUUCA